AUGCCUGCUGAACGCAAUACCCGAGGGGUUUCCGCUACUGGAUCCGUUAGGAACACCAGAUCUCGUCGAGACUCUUGUGCAUCCAACGCCUCGAUACCUGAUACUGGAAGUCGCCCAAUGUCGCCUUUUCGCCCCACAUCUCCCUUUGGAUACUCGCCUUAUGGAAACAUGGCUCCUCUCACUCCUGGAAACUCUCGACCUGGAACUCCAUCCAACAAGCGCAACGGGGCUCAGAAUACCCGGAAAGUCAACUCCUCCACUCAUUCAUUCACUUCUCUCCUGGCUCCACCACCCUCGCCUCCUCUCUCUGCGGAUGUAUCGGAAAGCAAUAGCAUGGAUAUGGAUCCCCCGACGAUAACUUGGGAAUGCGCCAACGCUCUGGUCGAGAAUCAAAAGGUUCAAAAUUUCUUCGAGAAGCCUGUUUACUCUAAAACUGGACAAAUUAUCUCUCAUGGAAAGAUGGUGACAAAGACUGUGACAAUGACUAUCACUACCACCAUUGCUAGCACCGAAAUCCUUCGUCCUGGUGAGGAAGGGUAUGAGGCCAGCAUGGAAAAGUAUAGGCAGCAGCAAAUCGAACAACAUCAAAAGCACAUUGACCCGAAGACCAAUGCCGAAGAUUCCAAAUUCGACAAGACGUUCGUAGAAGCCUUCUCACCAGAGGACACUAUGAUUGAACAACGUCGCCACAUCUUCCACCAAAACGUGCAGAAUGCUCGAUUGCAGGAACAACUUCGUCUUGCUAAAUAUAACUCUCCGUCGCCGAGUCCGCCGCCGGUUCGACCGACAAGGCAGGAGUGA